AUGCCUACAAAAAUUCCUCGUGACGAAGAACAACGACAAUUAAAAGAACUUGAACUUCAAAUCAAAUAUCAUGAACGUGUCGAAAGUAUGAAAGAAAAUAAUAAUAAUAAUAAUAAUAAUAAUAAUAAUAAUAAUAAUCAUCAUCAUCAUCAUCCUACUCAAACAACAACAACAACAACAACAAAUAAAAAAUCAACAUUUAUAAAUGAUAUUAAAAUACCAAAAAAACGUGGUCCAAAAAAGAAACAAAUGACACCAGCACGCGUUGCACGUUUUAAAGUUCGACGUAUUAAAGCUAAUGGUCGUGAACGUGACCGUAUGAAAGGUCUUAAUGAACAAUUAGAAGUUUUACGUGAAACAAUUCCAUGUUUUUCAUUAUCACAAAAAUUAUCCAAAAUUGAAACAUUACGUUUAGCAAAAAAUUAUAUUGAAGCAUUAAGUGAAAUGGUUCAAAAUAAUCAUAUACCAGAUAAUACACAUUUUGCUCAAUUAUUAUGUAAAGGUUUAUCACCAAAUACAAUGAAUCUUGUUGCAGCAACACUUUGUUUAAAUCCUCGUAUAUUACAACAACAGCAACAACAACAACAACAACAACAUCAUGGAAAUUCAUAUCCAACAAAUAUGAUUACAAUGGAUGAAACUUAUAUGUUAUCAUCAAUGCAUCCAAGAGUACGAAAUCCAUUAGAAUUUAUUAAUCUUAAAAAAAUAAAUCAUCAAUCAAAAACAACAACAAAUCAUAAUCAUUUAACAAGUGAAAGUGAAGAUGAUGCUAUAUUAUGUAGUUCAAGUAGUUUUGAUCAAACAUCAUCAUAUUGCAAUGAUGCAACAAGUAGUAGUAUGGAAGAAAUUAGUCCUAAUGGACAUAUGAUUAUACCAGGACCUUCACAAACAUUUUCAAAUGAAUAUUAUUCUGAUGAACAACAUUUUAUGUUAAAUACUCAACAAUUUUAUCCACCACCACCACAACCAAUUGUAUCAUCACAACAUCAUCAUCAUUUUUAUUAUCCAACACACUUUUGA